GAUUCUGCUCCCGGCUUGCCAUUGGCCCAUCCUCCACCUCUGCUCUCCUGAGAAGUCAAGUAUGGAUUGUGUCUGCUGGUUACCUUUAGCCCAGUGGGCAGCAGCGUAGGACUCGGCAUGUGACUCAUGCCCUGAGAGACCUUGGCAGGCCGGGUAAGCACCGGCUGAGUCCUUCCAACCCCUCCCCGCCCCCACCCACACCGCCGUGGUGUGUCACCCCAUAGUCAGCUGUUGGUGGCACAGAUGAAUUCAGCUUAGAAAACUACCAACACAGGACAAUGCAAGCCCAUGAGUUGUUCCGGUACUUUCGAAUGCCAGAGCUGGUUGACUUCCGACAAUACGUGCGCACUCUUCCAACCAACACGCUUAUGGGCCUCGGAGCUUUUGCAGCACUCACCUUCUGGUACGCCACGAGACCCAAAGCCCUGAAGCCGCCAUGUGACCUCUCCAUGCAGUCAGUGGAAGUGGCGGGUGGUGAAGGUGCUCGAAGAUCCACGCUACUGGACAGUGACGAGCCCCUGGAGUAUUUCUAUGACGACGUCAGAACGUUAUACGAAGGUUUCCAGAGGGGUAUACAGGUGUCAAAUAAUGGCCCCUGUUUGGGCUCUCGGAAACCAAACCAGCCCUAUGAAUGGCUUUCAUACAAGCAGGUUGAAGACUUGGCGGAGUGCAUAGGCUCAGCGCUGCUCCAGAAGAUCUUGAAGACCACCCCGGAUCAGUUCAUUGGCAUCUUUUCUCAAAAUAGACCUGAGUGGGUGAUUAUUGAACAAGGAUGCUUUGCCUACUCCAUGGUGACUGUUCCUCUCUACGACACCCUGGGAGCCGAAGCCAUCACGUACAUAGUCAACAAAGCUGAUCUCUCUCUGAUUUUUGUUGACAAGCCAGAGAAGGCCAGGCUCUUAUUGGAGGGUGUGGAAAAUAAGUUAACACCAGGCCUUAAAAUCAUAAUUGUCAUGGACAGCUACAGUAGUGAUCUGGUGGAACGAGGCAAGAAGUGUGGGGUGGAAAUCAUCAGCAUGAAGGCGAUGGAGGACCUGGGAAGAGCCAACAGGCAGAAGCCCAAGCCUCCAGCACCUGAAGAUCUUGCAAUAGUUUGUUUCACAAGUGGAACUACAGGCAACCCCAAAGGAGCACUGAUCACUCAUCGAAAUGUAGUGAGCGAUUGUUCAGCUUUUGUGAAAAUGACAGAGAAAGCACUUGCCUUGAAUGCCAGUGACACACACAUUUCAUUUUUACCGCUUGCACACAUGUAUGAGCAGCUCUUGGUGUGUGUAAUGCUGUGUCAUGGAGCUAAAAUAGGGUUUUUCCAAGGAGAUAUCAGGCUACUUAUGGAUGACCUCAAGGUGCUUCAACCCACCAUCUUUCCUGUGGUUCCGAGGCUGCUGAACCGCAUGUUCGAUCGAAUCUUUGGACAAGCCAACACCACGCUGAAGCGAUGGCUCCUGGACUUUGCCUCCAAGAGGAAAGAGGCAGAGCUUCGCAGAGGCAUCAUCAGAAACAACAGCGUGUGGGACAAACUGAUCUUCCACAAAAUACAGUCAAGCCUGGGUGGAAAAGUCCGGCUGAUGAUCACAGGAGCCGCGCCCGUGUCUGCCACUGUGCUGACGUUUCUGAGGGCAGCCCUUGGCUGUCAGUUUUAUGAAGGCUACGGACAGACUGAGUGCGGUGCCGGGUGUUGCCUGAGUCUCCCUGGAGACUGGACGGCAGGCCACGUUGGGGCCCCAAUGCCUUGCUGCUUCAUAAAGCUCAUCGAUGUGGAAGAAAUGAAUUACAUGGCUGCCAAGGGCGAGGGUGAGGUGUGUGUGAAAGGGCCAAAUGUAUUUCAGGGCUACUUGAAGGACCCAGUAAAAACAGCAGAAGUUUUGGAUAAAGACGGCUGGUUACACACAGGGGACAUUGGGAAAUGGUUACCAAAUGGCACCUUGAAGAUUAUCGACAGGAAAAAGCACAUAUUUAAGCUGGCACAAGGGGAAUACAUAGCGCCUGAAAAGAUUGAAAAUAUCUACCUGCGAAGUGAACCUGUCUCUCAAGUGUUUGUCCACGGGGAAAGCUUGCAGGCAUUUCUCAUAGCAAUUGUGGUACCAGAUGCUGAGACAUUAUGUCCCUGGGCCCAAAAGAAAGGAUUUGAUGGGACUUUUGAGGAAUUGUGCAGAAAUAAGGAUGUCAAAAAAGCUAUCCUAGAAGACAUGGUGAGAAUUGGGAACGAUUCUGGUCUAAAAUCAUUUGAACAGGUCAAGGGCAUUGCGAUACAUCCUGAAUUAUUUUCUAUUAGCAAUGGCUUCCUGACUCCAACAAUGAAGGCAAAAAGGCCAGAGCUACGGAAGUAUUUCAGGUCACAGAUAGACGAACUUUAUUCCACCAUCAAGGUUUAACGUGAGAAAGAACGCUCAAAAGAAAGAGCACACCUCCACAGUCUCCUGUUCUACUGAUGGCCUUUGUGUUGGUGAUUCUGACGACAGCAAGCAUAGGGAAGGAAACGUGUCGUUUCCCUUGUCUACUCGGGGUUCUUGUCAUAGGAAUAUUAGAGGAAAUGGAACACUGCCUUAUAGUCACCUCGUGUUGUAGACCAUGUUUAUGGUGAUAUACGAUUCCCAAAAUGAGCCUUAAAAAUUGUAAAGGAAAAACUAUAAAUGUGUUAAGUUAUUUGAGACUUCCUCAGUUAAAAAGGCGGGUUUUAAAACUUCUGUCUCCCUGUUUUUCUAACCAAGGAGUUAGGACUUUGCUAUCUCUGAGUUGUCUGCUACUUGCUGCAAAUGCUGCAGUCCUCUGCUGCUCUAAAGAGUACAGUGCACUGGAGGGAAGCUGUCUCUUGAAAAACAAGAACAACUGUCCUGGCUGGAGAAUGUCACAAGCAGACCAGAGAUUUUUUUUUUUUUAAUCCCUGCCACCGACCCUUCCCUAUCUCACAGGCACUCACGCAGCCCUUCCGACUCAUAAGGGUUAUGAAACUCAUGCUCUUCUCCACAGUCCCCUCUUGUUCCUGUUGGAGCAUAAGGUUUCCAGUAAACUUAAGGACAGAUCCAACUCACAACAGUGCAGGUACGGAGUCUCCGACCGACUCGCACUCGCAGCAGAAUGCUCUCGGACUCUGUUCUCCAGACCUGAAUCCCUCCAUCCCUUCCCAGGGAUUAUUUAAAAAUCUGCCUUAGGUUCAGCAAUGAAGACAAGCAUUUCAAGAGAGAAAGAAUUACCUGGGUCAACCAUGCUCAACUGUGAUACCUGAAUAACUGUCUACUUUAUCUUCACUGAACCACUCACUCUGUGUGUGUAACGGCCAAUGGAUUUUUAAUACAGUUUUCAUAUCAAAAGAUCGUGUUGCAAAUAACCUGCUUUUCUCCCCCGCCAACAUAAACUCUCAGGCAAAGCAUGUCUUUAAAAAUAUUAAGGGAGUAGAUAUACUCGGGUACUUACUGAAAUGGACAGAAAUAAACAAAUGUUCUUAUAGCAUAAUGCUACCUGAUUUCUAUGAAACGUAUUUGACAAGCCAAAAUUCUAGGAUGUAGAAAUAUGGAAAGAUCAUUUCCUGGGAUUAACUUCUCAAGGGAUUUUUUUUAUGUUAAUUUGGGAAAUUAACAGCGUUUCACUUUAUUUCGAGUCUUGGCCACAUUUGACUGGAUUGAGCUGUCACUUAUACAUUUAAAGCAAAUGUUUUUGGAUAUGUGAGAGUACAUGUAUUAUACAAGCACAACAGGGUUUGCACUAAAGAAUUGUCAUUGUAAUAACACCAUUUGGUAGCCUAACUUCAUAUGUAUUCUUAAUUGCACAAAAGUCAAUAAUUUGUCACAUUGGGGUUUUGAAUGUUUGCUUUAAGUGUUGGCUAUUUCUAUGUUUUAUAAACCAAAACAGAAUUUCCAAAAACAAUGAAGGAAACCAAAAUAAAUAUUUCUGCAUUUCGAGUGA